AUGGCUAAACAAGUAGCAGAAGUGGAAAUCCACGCGAUUGAUUCGCUUAAGAAUGAUGCUGACGAUCUAGACAUAAGCGUUGAUUUAAUCGAUGAUGGACUUUUUUUGGGUAACCUAGCAUGUGCCAGAGACCACAAGACACUUGAGAAGCUGAAGAUAACACACAUUCUUACAUUGGACCUUGUUCCGCUUCCCCGAACAGUACUUGACCGUCACACCUUUACAUUCAAGUUUGUGAAGUUGGCUGAUAUACCAAAAGAAGAUUUGAUUACUCAGCUACCAACCUGCAAUGAGUUUAUCAAAGAGGCUAUUACAAAUGGAGGGACUGUGCUUGUACAUUGCUACUUUGGUGUAUCAAGAUCAGCAGCCAUUGUUAUUGGGUACAUUAUGGAGAAAUAUUCUCUUUGCUAUGAAGAUGCUUUUGUCCUUGUGAAAAGCAAGCGGAGGUUCAUCGGACCAAAUGUUGGGUUUGUGGCUCAACUGAAGUUAUUUGGACAUAUGGGAUAUCAGUUAAACAGGGAUGAUCCAAGGUUUAAGCAGUUCAGAUUGAAAAUGGCAGGACAGAAAUUAAAACAAGUAAAAAUCCUGCCGCAGCUAUUCGCGGAUUUGGUGAAGCCGGAUCCAGGUCUUGUAAGGGAGCGGCCGGAUCCCAUUGUGUACAGGUGUAAAAAAUGUCGCCGAAUAGUGGCCGGACAAAGCAAUAUUAUACCGCACAUACCCAAACAGGUAAAAAUAGAAUUAGCCAAAAAGGGAAUGCGGCCUCCUCCCAGUACUCUAACAGGACUCACGUGUGCCGAGAAUGGGCAACUGCUGAUUGACAAACUUAAGAGCCUCGCUUGUCAGAUCAUUGAGGAAAAAGAUUGUGGGGUCACAGUGCAUGAUGAUGGACCGAGCCAGGUGCUGGACGGAUAUAAUGAGGAGAAUAUGGUAGAUGCAUGCAUAACACGCGCGGAUGCAGUAGAGGCGUGUCGCUUGAUGUGGUUUGUGGAGCCCAUGGCCUGGAUGCCAGAUGUCACGCGGGCACCUUCUGGGAAGUUGCACUGCCCUAAGUGUAAUAAUAAGAUCGGGAGCUUCAGCUGGCUUAUGGGAUGUAAGUGUCCAUGCGGACAAAAGGUGGCGCCAGCGUUUUACUUAGUCCCAUCAAAGGUGGAAUGGUCUAAUAUCGUGCAAAAUGUUCAGGUCACACUAUAA